GCAGCUGCUGCGGGGAGGCUCGGCAAGGUUCGGCUGCCCCGCUCCGCCCCCGGCUGCAGGUGGGGGCCGGGCCAGCCAGCGGCCUCGGGGCUCCCCGGGGUUAGCGGGGCCGCUCGCCUGCAGCACCCGGCCGGGAGAUGGAGAAAGGUGGCGGUGCCUGCGCCGCGAGCGGCAGCUAUCCGCAGAAAAACGCCGAGAUCCUCAGCAGCCAGUACGGCAUCAACCUUUUCCUGGCCGGGCUGCUGCUCACCUUCGCCUGGGCUGUGCAUGCCGUGGGCAUCAGCAAGAGCCACCUGCUCUCCUACUUGAUCACGCUGAUGCUGAUCCAGCUGCUGUGGAUGCUGUGGUACCUCUGCAGGAGCUGCACGCAGAGAAGGCUGAUUCGGGACAAGGACACGCAUGCCGGGGCUCGCUGGCUGAAGUGUGGGAUUACAUUAUUUGCAGUGAUUACUUUAAUUCUGGACUCUUUUAAAAUUGGCUAUUAUAUUGAUUUUUCAAAUUGUCUGUCACCAACUGAAGGCAUUUUUCCUGUUACACAUGCCGUGCACACCAUUUUACAGGUGUACUUCCUUUGGUGUCAUGCAAAGGAUAUUAUCCAGUCUUUCAAAACACUCGAAAGGUUUGGGGUUAUCCAUUCGGUGUUCACAAACUUACUGCUGUGGACAAAUGGAGUCCUAACAGAGUCGAAACAUCAACUGAAUGAACAUAAAGAAAGACUAAUCACACUUGGAUUUGGGAACAUAACAAUAGUUUUAGAUGAUCAUGCACCUCAGUGCAACUGCACAACAACAACUCUCUGUUCGAUCUUUUCUCAAGGAAUAUAUUACCUGUACCCCUUUAACAUAGAGUACCAUAUCCUAGCAUCCACAAUGCUCUAUGUCCUGUGGAAGAACAUUGGCCGCAAAGUCGAGCAUCACCAGCAACACAAAACUCCAUUCAAGUUCCAUGGCAUAACUGUUGGAAUGAUUUUUGGACUGAUUGUGUUAAUCAGCACAAUAGCCAUAGUUGUUGUGUAUUUGAUUCAGAUUGGAGGUUCCAAAAUCAAAAGUGAGUUAGCACUCACCAUGUUUUACUUGCAUGCGAUCUUUGUGCUGGUUCUCAUGUGUACAGCUGGAAUUGUUGCCCUUCUCAUCUACAGACUGGAAGACAGAUUACUGGACAACUCAAAAAAUCCUGCUAGGAAACUUGAUGCAGAGCUGCUGGUGGGCACAGCUGCAGGGUCCUGGCUCCUCUCCUGGGGCUCGAUUCUUGCCAUUAUCUGUGCCCAAGCCCAUCCGAAAUACACAUGGUACAACCUGCCCUACUCUGUCCUGGUUAUUAUUGAGAAAUACAUUCAGAACCUCUUUAUCAUUGAAUCCAUACACCGUGAGCAAGAAAAGGUGAAUGACAAUAUUAAAACCCUUCGAAUAGUGACGAUAUCUCAGGGAAGCACUUUGUCACUCACUCCCAAAGAGAUUUACAAUGAUUGCAGAGCUGCUCGUGACAAUGGGGAGGUUCCUUGCCUGUUUAAGAGCAGUAUCUGCAGGAGAGAUGAUGAUGGUGAUUGUGCCAAAGAAGAAACAAGUCAGGAAAACAGUUUGGUCAUGCAUCCAGCCUCAGAUUUCUCAUUUUAUGGUAGAAACUCAGUUACUAACAACAAGAGGAGAAUUCUGAAGAACAUCGCUGCAUUUUUAUUCCUCUGCAACCUUUCACUGUGGAUACCACCAGCAUUUGGGUGCCGACCAGAAUAUGACAAUGGACUAGAAGAAAUAGUUUUUGGCUUUGAACCCUGGAUAAUUGUUGUGAACCUUGCAAUGCCUUUUUCCAUUUUCUAUAGGAUGCAUUCAGCUGCCUCACUCUUUGAGGUCAAUUGUAAAACGUAGAUCAUGUAUGGUCCCUCAGUGAACAAUUGAUUGAAUAACUAAUUAAAUAACAGUCGAAUGAGUGGAUGAAUGAGUGGGUGAACAUGGCAGCAGCUGCUCAAUAAAUAGAAGGCUCAAUAUUGUUAAAAGAAGGGGCCAUAGGCAAUAGAAUGUUUGUUUUGUUGCUGGUUUUAACUUUUUAUUCCCUGUGUUUUCUUGUAUGUCUGCUGUUCCUGGUAUUAUAGGUACACUUUUCAGAAUCAUAUCAGUUAAAUGAUUAACACUACAUAGUAAAGUGAAUUUGAUCUUAUUCAUCUUUGCUUUAGUCACCUGGGAUUUGACCUCUAAUGAAUUACUGUUGUUUUGUUUUCCCUCAUUGUGGCUUGUGAAAGGGGUUUCAAAGAAGAAUGAGUUAUGAUUUGGGAGGGAAUAUCCCAGGAACAGCUAAACUAAGUGAUGCUCCUGAAUUAUAGAAACACUCUGAAAUCUCCAAAUCAUUAUUCCUAGCUGUGUUUUCUUAGUAAAACCUGGAAACAAUUGCUACUUAGCUGGGAUGUAGGAAUUAUUUUAAAUGUACUAAAUAUUCUUUUAAAUUUGAUUUUCUAUCAAACUAUAUAGUAAGAAAUUCAAGUAGAUAACAGCAUGGUUAGAUAUCAUGCUGUAAAUAAAUUCUUCUGAUAAAAUGUGUUUCUAUUAAUGCAUUCCCCCUUUCUUGUAUUUACUGUAUGACAUACCUGAGAAAUAAAGCUA